GGCUCCCGUCAGCGGCCGCCGCAGAAGAAGAAGACCGUGUCCUUCAGCACCAUGCCCAAUGACCGCAAGAUCAACAGCACAGCUGCCUGCAUCUCCUUCAUGCUGGAGGGCUGUGAGCUGAAGAAGGUGCGCUCCAACUCCCGCAUGUACAGCCGCUUCUUCGUGCUGGACGCCGACAUGCGCUCCGUGCGCUGGGAGCCCUCCAAGAAGGACUCAGAGAAGGCCAAGAUCGAGAUCAAGUCAGUCAAAGAGGUGCGUGUGGGCAAGAAGACGCCCGUCCUGCGCAGCAAUGGCCUCUCCGACCAGUUCCCGGACGAGUGCGCCUUCUCCAUUAUCUACGGAGACAACUACGAGUCCCUGGAUCUGGUGGCCAGCUCGGCCGAUGUGGUGAGUGCCUGGGUGAUGGGGCUCCGGUACCUGGUGUCCUAUGGGAAGCACACUCCCGAGGCGCCCGGGACCGGCCACCCCAGCCUCCGGACCUCCUGGAUCUCUUCCGUCUUCGACCUCGCCGACCUGGAGAAGUCUGGCCGCAUCCCCGUGUCCCGGGCUGUGCAGCUGAUCAAAGCGCUCAACCCAGGCAUGAAGACCUCCACCAUCGAGCUGAAGUUCAAGGAGCUGCAGAAGGCCAGUGAGCGUCCUGCUGCGGAGGUGGCCUGCGACCUCUUCGUGGAGGCCUACUGCGAGCUCUGCACCCGCCCCGAGAUCUUUUUCCUGCUGGUGCAGUUUUCCAGCAACAAGGAGUACCUGGGUCUGAAGGACCUGCUGAUGUUCCUGGAGGUGGAGCAGGGCAUGGAGGGGGUGACGGAGGAGAAGUGCUUGGAGAUUGUUGGCAAGUAUGAGCCCUCCAAGGAGGGCCGGGAGAAGGGCUACCUGGCCAUCGAUGGCUUCACGCGCUACCUGCUCUCUGCUGACUGCUCCAUCUUUGACCCGCAGCACCGCAAGGUGUGCCAGGACAUGGCGCAGCCCCUGUCCCACUACUACAUCAGCUCUGCCCACAGUGCCUGCCUGCUGGAGGACAACUUUUGGGGCCGCUCGGACAUCAGCGGUUACAUCAGCGCCCUGGGCCUGGGCUGCCGCAGCAUCGAGCUGGUGCUGUGGGACGGCCCUGAGGGUGAGCCCGUGGUCUACACCAGCCCCUCGGCCGCCUCCUGCGUGCCCUUCCGCACCGUGGUGGGAAUGAUCGACCAGCACGCCUUCACCGCCUCCGCCUACCCCCUCAUCCUCUGCCUGGUGGUGCGCUGCUCGGCCCCCCAGCAGCGCCUCGCCGCCCAGUGCCUGCGCAAGACGCUGGGGGAGAAGCUGUACCUGGAGCCCCCCAACCCUGCUGCAUCCUACCUGCCCUCCCCGGAGCAGCUCAAGGGCCGCAUCCUCAUCAAGGGCAAGAAGCUGCCGCCCAGCUGCGAGGACAGUGAGGGGGAGGUGUCGGAUGAGGAGGAAGGCUGGGAGCUGGCACGGCGGCUGGGUCAGGAAGACCGAGAGGCACCGGAGGGAGGUGGCCCACGGCGGGUGCGCCUCAGCCGGGAGCUCUCGGAGCUGGUGAGCCUCUGCCAGGCUGUCCCCUUCCAGGACUUUGAGAGCUCGCGGCGUGGGCAGCACUACUGGGAGAUGUGCUCCUUCAGCGAGGUGGAGGCGGGACGCUUCGCCAACGAGUGCCCGGCCGAGCUGGUGAGCUACAACAAGCGGUUCCUCUCCCGCGUCUACCCCAGCCCCAUGCGCAUCGAUGCCAGCAACAUGAACCCCCAGGACUUCUGGAAGUGCGGCUGCCAGAUGGUGGCCAUGAACUACCAGACACCGGGGCUCAUGAUGGACCUGAACACAGGCUGGUUCCGGCAGAACGGGGCCUGCGGCUACGUCCUCCGCCCCGCCAUCAUGCGGGAGGAGGUUUCCUACUUCAGUGCCAAUGCCAAGGACUCCUUGCCUGGGGUGCCCGCCCAGCUCCUGCACCUCAAGGUCAUCAGUGGGCAGAACCUGCCCAAGCCCAAGGGCUCAGGGGCCAAGGGGGAGGUGGUGGAGCCCUACGUCUGCGCCGAGAUCCAUGGCAUCCCAGCCGACUGCGCUGAGCACCGCACCAAGACGGCCCUGCAGAGCGGGGACAACCCCGUCUUUGACGAGAGCCUGGAGUUCCAGAUCAACCUGCCGGAGCUCGCUGUCCUGCGCUUUGUCGUGCUGGACGACGACUACAUUGGGGACGAGUUCAUCGCACAGUAUACCAUCCCCUUUGAGUGCCUGCAGCCUGGCUACCGCCAUGUCCCCCUCCAGUCUCUGGCUGGGGAGCCCCUGCCCCACGCCACCCUCUUUGUUCACGUGGCCAUCACUGACCGCCGGGCCCCGGGCGGGGCGGGGGGCCGGAGCCCCCGCCGGGGGCUGGCGGGGCGCCGGGGCCGCCGGGUGCGGGAGUACACCUCCACCAAGGCCACCGGCAUCAAGGCCAUCGAUGAGGUCUUCCGGACGGCCACCCAGCCGCUGCGGGAGGCCACUGACCUGCGGGAGAACGUGCAGAACGCGCUGGUCUCCUUCAAGGAGCUGUGUGGGCUGACACCCGCCGCCAACAUGAAGCAGUGCAUCCUGACGGUGGCCGCGUGGCUGCUACACAGUGACAGCGCGCCCAGUGUCACCCUCAACCUGGCAGAGCAGUACCCUCCCAUGGAGGCCCAGGGCCCCAUCCCGGACCUGCUGCGCAAGGUCCUCACCGCCUACGAGACGAUGAUCCAGACCAGCCGGACGCUGAUCGAGUCCGCCGAUGCAGUGUACGGCAAGCUCAUCCAGGCACAGCAGGCAGGCAUGGACUUCCACAAGGAGCUGCACCGCAUCGAGGCCAAGGAGGGGCUGCGGGGCCGCAAGCUGCAGAAGGCACUGGAGAGCUUUGCCUGGAACAUCACGGUCCUGAAGGGCCAGGCUGACCUCCUCAAGCAUGCCAAGGCAGAGGCGCUGGACAACCUAUGGCAGAUCCACAACGCGGGACAGUCCUGUGGCAUCGGCAGGAAUGGCUCGGCCUCGCCAGAGCCCUCCCGGCUGCGUGCCCCGCUGGAGCCCAUUCCUGAGAUGGAAGGAGGUGGCGACACGGCGUCCUGCUGACCCUGGCCUGGGGCUCGGGGGCACGGACUGAGCAUCCCCCCGGCCACAGGGGCCAGGACCAGGGAGUCCCAGCCCGCCCACGCAUGGGGAGACGCCCGCCCACAACCUCAGUGCGCGUGGAGGGACGCAUGCAGGGCUGGGUGCCUGCACACUGCCGUGCCAAGGGGCUGUGGCGGGGCCCAGUGGGGAGGUUGGGGAGGGGUGUCCCCGCUCCUGC